AGCACCGGGUCCAACGCGCCCGAAUGCCUCCUCUACGCCCGCACCGCCAAUCUCUCCACCGUCGGCACCAACAGCACCUAUCGCGCCACCUUCCUCCAGAUGUCCCCCAUUGGCGCCAUCCACAAUGCCCGCAUGUUCACCGCCGCCAUGGACGCCCUCCCCUCCAUGACCGCCGACGCACAGCUCAACACCCUCUGCGGCAACUGGACCACCAUCGCCCUCGCUGAGGCGGAGAAGAACUUCACCCAGGCAAAGGUCCUCGAGUUCAACGACGUCAUCCAGGACGCUCAGGUCAUCAAGGCCGGGCCCGAACUUAUCGGCAUCAUCAUCUGCGUGCUUGCGGUCUUCUUCGGGGUUUGGUGCUUC